AGAGCGACUGGUGCGAUAUGCCUCUUUCACCAAAUUGUGUUCCCUGAGUUUUGGAGUUAACCAAAAAUCCCUGGGGUGUUGCAGGUCUCGUCGGUGAAAUCUGCCCGGUUUUACUCCAGGAUGUGUCACGUGGAGUCACAGUUGGAACAAGGGCAGCCGUACCAAGGACAAGCAGCAUUAGGCAGCAAGAGAACGGCCAUCAGUCACUGGAGAGUAUUCCAAGACCUAGACUAUUACGUAUUUUAUAAAUGCAUUUCCUAGGGCCAUUUAACGAUGCCAGCCUUGCCUCCCAGUGAUGAAUCCGUUCGCUGCCCCUCGUAACCACCCAUCGACGGGGCAAAGCAGGCUUCCCCCACAGAGCAGAGGGCUGUGCAGUCCCGGGGCGGCACGUUCGGUGUGCUCAGACCCAGGCAAGAGUUAAGGUGCUCGGAGAGAGAUAAACGUUGAUGAAAGCCUGGAGAGAGGGUGCCUCUGCUGCAGAUAAACAUUCCUGCCUCUCUCCUCCCAGUCCCCCUCAGCCCACCCCAUCGUCCUGCUCUGACGCAGAGGGAGCUGCAGGGCUGAAUGAAACUUGUUUGAGGUUCCAAUCAAAUCUCCAUGGAAGAGGGACACUCAUAUCCUCUUCUGAUAAAAGGUAAUCAUAAAUCCUCCGGGAGCAGCAGCUGCAGACCUCACCGCCUCCCGCAGCAGCAGUCGGCUCCUCGCACCAAGAUGGGCUCCAAGGUUAUAGGACACCUUCAGCCCUGAAGACCAGGAGCCAGCAGGACCCAGGCGGAGCUCCCGGCUCUCGGCCAUGCCUCCGGCUGCCGAACGCGUGCCCUGGCGCUGGCUGGCAGCCGGCAGAGCGUCGCGGAGGCUGGUGCUGGUGGUGGUGUUCGUCGCGCUGCUGCUGGACAACAUGCUGCUGACAGUCGUGGUACCGAUCAUCCCCACCUUCCUUUAUACAACAGAAUACGAAGGCACCAACGGCUCUGUUGCCCCAGCCCGGACUGAGCCGGCUCCUCCAGCCUUGAAGGCUCCUCUUUUCUCCUCCAUGUUCUCCUAUUUUGACAACACCACGGUGACUGUCUUGGGCUCCGCCAGCGCUGAGGAGCUGGUGAACGGGACGGAGAGCAGCCGCCUGCCGCAGCCCCCCACCAGCAGCCCACCAGUGCCGAGCGGCUGCCCGGAGGGCGAGGAGUUCCUCGCCAAGGAAAAUGUCCGCGUAGGUCUGCUGUUUGCCUCCAAGGCUCUCAUACAGCUGGUGGUCAACCCAUCCGUGGGUCUCCUGACCAACAGGAUAGGAUACCACAUCCCCAUGUUCAUCGGAUUCACCAUCAUGUUCCUCUCCACAGUCAUGUUUGCUUUCUCAGGCACCUACACCUUGCUGUUCAUCGCCCGAGCCCUCCAAGGCAUUGGGUCAUCGUUCUCAUCAGUCGCAGGCUUGGGCAUGCUGGCCAGCGUGUACACGGAUGACUUCGAGAGGGGCAACGCAAUGGGGAUCGCUCUCGGAGGCUUGGCUUUGGGUGUGCUGAUCGGGGCCCCCUUUGGGAGCGUGAUGUACGAAUUCGUGGGGAAAUCGUCUCCCUUCCUGGUCCUGGCAUUCCUCGCCCUCUUGGAUGGAGCUUUGCAGCUCUGCAUACUGCAGCCCUCUAAGAUCUCCCCGGAGAGCAGCAAAGGCACGCCGGUGUCCACCCUCCUGCGAGACCCCUACAUCCUGAUCGCUGCAGGAGCCCUCUGCUUCUCCAACAUGGGGGUGGCCAUGCUCGAGCCCACCUUGCCCAUCUGGAUGAUGCAAACCAUGUGCUCCCCGAAAUGGCAGCUAGGGAUGGCCUUCCUCCCUGCCAGUAUAUCCUACCUCAUCGGCACCAAUCUCUUCGGGAUUCUGGCUAACAAAAUGGGACGGUGGCUGUGCUCCCUGAUCGGCAUGGCUGUGGUGGGAGUUAGUCUCCUCUGUGUACCUCUGGCCAAAAACAUUUACGGGCUGAUUGGCCCAAAUGGUGGGCUUGGCUUUGCCAUAGGAAUGGUGGACUCCUCCAUGAUGCCUACCAUGGGUUACCUCGUGGAUCUUCGCCACACCUCUGUCUACGGCAAUGUCUAUGCCAUAGCUGACGUCGCCUUCUGCAUGGGCUUUGCGAUCGGUCCAUCCACAGGUGGUGCGAUUGUACGAGCUAUUGGGUUUCCCUGGCUAAUGAUCAUCAUUGGAGUUAUCAAUAUUGCUUACGCUCCUCUCUGUUGGUACCUGCGCAACCCUCCCGCUAAAGAGGAGAAGAUUGCAAUCUUAAGCCAGGAAUGCCCCAUGCAAGCCAAAAGCUACACCACUCAGAAAACCCUGCGCGAUUUCCCUCUCACAGAUGACAGUGAUGUGGAGGCAGAAAAUGAGGAAUAGCAAGUGCAAGGAUGCGUGCCCUGUUUUGAAGCUAAUAUUAUGCUUACAAAACAUGGACGUAUUAGCACCCAAGAAUAACCCAGCCUCCCCCAAGACUUGUGGACACAGGAUGGACACAGGCUGUAUUGCUGACCCGUUCUCUCGGCCAUGCAAUCCACAGCAGGGAGCAGAGACCCAGGAUUUAGAGGCUCUAUCCAUUUAGUUAAGCCACUCAUUUGCUGUGUGACUUCUAGGCAAGUUACCCAAACUCACUACAUCUCAUCUGUAGAAAAAAGGUACAAAGAUGAGGAGAAUCAUAUCAACCUUUCCUGCAGGACAAUAUUGUCUUGGGCACAGCCUCCUCAUGCAGUAGGGGAUAACACCAACAUCUCUCAGAUGAGUCCUGUGGCAUUUGUCAAUGUCUUUAAAGCGCUUACUGUUCUUGAAAGAAAAGCACUGGAGAAAAUGAAAACUAAAUCAGC